GACAGCCCAGAGGAGAGCUGAAAAAGAAAACCGGAGAAAAACGAGGGGAAGAAGAAAGAACAGAAAAGUCGCCCAUUUUUUGGGUUUUCUCGGGAAAAUGCCCUUUCGACCAUUUUCUCGAGAAAAAUAAACAAAGUUUUGCUAUCCACUUGCUCCCCUUGCAAAAAAGGUAUCUCCUUUCCAAUUCAUUUCCCUCUGUAAUCGGCGGAGCGAGAAAUCGUCUGCGAAGAAUUUUCGACGGGGGAAAAGCUUUUUAGAGAGAGAGAGAAAAAUGAUGAUGGCGUCGUCGUCUUCUUCUUCGUCUUCCGCAACUGUUCGCGUCGAUAAGGCCACGAGCGACCUCCUAAUCGGCCCCGAUUGGACCAUGAACAUGGAUAUUUGUGAUUCCAUCAAUUCCAACCACUGGGAGGCAAAAGAAGUUGUGAAAGCUGUGAAGAAAAGGUUGCAGCAUAAGAACCCUAAAGUUCACUUGCUCGCCCUAACGCUUCUGGAGACAAUGGUAAAGAAUUGUGGUGACAAUGUGCAUUUUCAAAUUGCUGAGAGAAAUAUUUUGCAGGACAUGACCAAAAUUGUGAAGAAGAAGACUGAUAUGCAUGUAAGGGACAAAAUCUUGGUGCUCCUAGAUUCUUGGCAAGAAGCAUUUGGUGGCCCGGGAGGGAAAUAUCCACAAUAUUACUGGGCAUACGAGGAACUGAGACGUGCUGGAGUUCUAUUUCCCCAGCGUUCACCAGAUGCAGCUCCAAUUUUUACACCGCCUGUUGUCCAGUCAACUCUGAGACACCCCCAAGCAGGUUAUGGAAUGCCAAUCAAUUCUUCAACUAGGCUUGAUGAAGCCAUGGCAGCUGAAACGGAAAACCUAAGUUUGUCAAGCAUAAAUUCUAUGCGGGAUGUUCUGGAUCUCUUAGCUGACAUGCUGCAAGCUGUGAAUCCAAGUGAUCGUACAUCUGUGAAAGACGAAAUAAUAGUUGAUCUUGUCAACCAAUGUCGUUCCAACCAGAAGAAGCUAAUGCAAAUGUUGACUACAACUGGGGAUGAAGAACUUCUUGGUCAGGGUCUUGAGCUAAAUGAUAGCCUGCAGACUGUGCUCGCUAAGCACGAUGCUAUAGCUUCCGGUUCCACAUUGCCAACUCAAGCUAUGGAUUUCAAUCCCAGAUCAGCUGCUGAGUCCAGCCUCAAACCUGCAGAUGUCAACGAACCCAGCCAAGAACCGGUUGCUAGUCCCUCUCUACAAAUUGUUCCUGUAGGAAAGAGCCCGAUUGAAGAAGAUGAAGACGAGGAAGAUGACUUCGCACAGUUAGCUAGAAGGCAUUCCAGAACACGGUCAACUGCUUCUCAAGACACAUCUACCGGUACUGGCGAAAGUAUUACCUCAGUGAAUUCGACUGUGAUCCCUGUCCCAAGCAACGCAUUAGCUCUACCCGAUCCACCUGCACCAGUUAGAACCACAAAAGAGCAAGAUAUGAUUGACCUUCUGAGUUUGACAUUAUCAACUACUACACCCUCUCCCCAAACCCCCAACACUCCUGCAUCCUCUUCUCAGAAUGUUCAUCAGGCACCACCCCUUUCCCCGACCACACAAGGGUAUCCCUAUCCUUCUCAGGCUUAUACCGGAAACCAGGGUCAAGUGCCCUACAACAGUAAUUAUGUUGUACCUUGGGCUCAGCCCCAAGCCCAGGUACAUCCUCAACCUUACCUCAGGCCCCAACACCAGCCCCAAGCCCAAGCCCAAGUCCAGCCUCAACCUUACCUCCAUCCUCAAUCUCAAGCCCAAUCACCACAGCCUCAACCUUACCUCCAACCCCAACCACUAGCCCAACCCCAACCACCGCAUCCACAUCCUCAAGCUCAAUACCUCCCAUACUCAUCCGGUGGCUACCCUCCUCCUCCGUGGGCCCCAACGCCUGGUUAUUAUAGCAACCAGCCUCAUUCAGCGACAAGUCCUUACAUGAAUUCCAGUCCUCGAGCGAACACUCCUGCAUCUGUGCAAGGGGCCAGACCGUCGCAGAAUAUUAAUUCGUUUCCAGCAAAAGAAAGCAACGGAUUGGCUUUGAAUGGAGAGACGAGGCCCAGCUCUAGCCCUAGGACCACGGCCACAUUAGCAGGACAGAAGCCCUUUGUUCCUUCUUACAGAUUGUUUGAAGACCUUAAUGUCCUUGGCAAUGGAGAUGGUAGGUUUAAGAUGAGUACUACAUCUGGCGGCUUAUCAGGAGCAUCUAGCCAGAGCCAGAGUAUGGUGGGAGGGAGAAAGUGAGGUGUUUCACUGUAUGAUAUUCUUACUGGUUUUUUUUGCUCAUGUGAGUAGCUUUUAUGCAAACAUGUCGUGAUACAUGUCGAUAUGGUUGGAGGUACAUACGUUCGAUUUACAUGUAUGUAGAGUGCUUUAGGUUGAUUCUCGCAUCGUCAAUAUCAUUGUGAAGUUGUUGGCAGCAAUUGCAAUAAGAACAUCUAUGAUGUUCAAACAGAUUAAAAAUUUGAUUUAGGUCCAAGGAAUGAAUGUGAUUUUUGGUGGUUU